AUGUUCCAUGGAUUGCCAAGUGAAGACCCCAUUGACCACCUUGAUGAGUUUGAUAGGCUUUGUGAUUUGACAAAGAUCAAUGGUGUCUCUGAAGAUGCCAUCAAGCUGAGACUCUUUCCUAUGUCUCUAGCUGACAAAGCUCACCAAUGGGAGAAGAGCUUGCCCCAUGGCACAAUCACCACUUGGGAUGAAUGCAAGAAGGCCUUUCUUGCUAAGUUUUUCUCCACCGGUCGCACAGCCAAGCUUAGAGGAGAGAUAUCCAGCUUCAUCCAGCGAAACAAUGAGACAUUCGCAGAGGCUUGGGAGAGGUUCAAAGGCUACACAAGUCAGUGCCCACACCAUGGAUUCAACAAUGAAUCACUACUCUCCACUCUUUAUAGAGGAUGCUUGCCUAGGUAUAGGGAGAUGCUAGACACAGCUAGCAAUGGGAACUUCCUCAACCAGGAUGUAGAUGAUGGCUGGCAACUUGUGGAGAACAUAGCUAACUCAAAUGGAAGCUAUGGAGAAGAGUAUGAUCGCACCAACCGGAGCUCGACCCACCACUCGAUCGAGUCAGACGAAAAGUUGAGAAAAGAUGUUAAGGCAUUGAAUGAGAAGUUGGAUAAGCUGAUCCUAGCUCAGUCCACAAUGAAGAAAGUCAACUUUGUGUCUGCUGAGGAGAUGGAACCAGUCCAAGAAGGGGAGGAUACACAAUUUGCUGAGGUGUGCUACAUGAGCAAUGGGCAAGGAGGUUACAACAAAGGAUACUAUAAUUACAAGUCCAACCCUGCCAUGUCAUACCGCAACACUGAUGUUGCUAACCCUCAGGACCAAGUAUAUCCUCAACAACAAGCAGCUCGAUCGAGUCAGGUGCCACAACAUGGGUAUGGUCAAAAGAACAAUUACCAAGGACCACAAGGCACUUUCCCUGGACAACAAAUGAAUAUCCCACCAGGCUUCCCCCACCAACCGCCCCAGCCUGCACCUUCACAAGAGAAUGAGCUCAAAGCAAUGCUAAAGCAACUACUUCAAGGGCAAGCUGAUGGGGUAGUGGACACAAGCAAGAAGCUAGCUGAAAUAAACUCUAAGAUCGAGAACCUCAACACAAGGGUUUACUCUCUGGAGAAUCAUGCUUCUUCUGUUGCUGCUGCUACAAAGCAAGGACAACUACCUGGUAAAGCUAUUCAGAACCCCAAGGAACAGUGCAAGGUCAUCUUCACUCAAGAAGGACUUGUUGAAGAAGAGGAUCAAGAAAGGGUCAUUGAAGAUUUUUGUUUACUGCUGAAUGAUGAAGAGAUUGUUGCUGCUGAGGCUCCUGGAGUCCAGAUUGAUCAACCAGAAGUGCAUGCACCUACUGUGGCCAUUCACACUUCACCAGUUGAGCUCGCACGACAAGCUCGAUCGGCAGCUCGAUCGAGUCCAACUCUAGCUCGAUCGAGUCCGACCUCUUCUGUCCGACAGCCUGUUUUGCUUGAUCCUUAUCAACCGGUUGCCGCUUCCUCGUCUCGCCUACUUAGUCAAGGUCACAAGGAAGUGAUUCACAAGUUCAGAAGAGAUCUCAGUGGGAUUGGAAUUGAGUUGCCUCCUAUGGAUAGCAUGAGUGAGGCAUUUGAUCAAAUGCAAAUGGUCAAGGAUGUUCUAGCCAACAGUGAUAAAGUUUCAGAGGUCCUACAAGAGUCUACUCAUCAGUUCAACCUGCUUACUUCACCCACCUUCCUACCAAAGGUCAAGGAUCAAGGGAAAUUCACUCUCCCUUGCACACUUGGGCAUCUUGAGAUUGACAAUGCCUUAGUGGAUUCUGGAGCAAGCAUCAAUCUGAUCUCUCUCUCCAUGGCAGAGAAGCUAGGCAUUGCUGGAGCCUUGCAGCGCCCUACUACUUCAAUCAUGUUUGGAGAUGCAACUUCUAAGUCUCCUCUUGGAGUGUUCAAGAACUAUCACUUGAAAAUUGGAGAAUGCAUCAUCCAAACUGAUCUCACUGUGAUGGAAAUGGAAGAAGAGAAGGAUUUGCCUUUGUUAUUGGGAACCCCUUUCCUUAGUACAGUUGGCGCUUCAAUAGACUUUCACAAGCAAGAAGUGAUCCUUCACAAGGUGAAUAGUUUGGUGUCAUAUCGCUUGCAGCCUAGAGGUUCAGACUUUUGUGCCACAAUUGACAGUACCAAUCUCAGUUCUAAGAGUCAUGGAGCUACAAAGGUUGUGAAGGAAAGGGUUGACAAGGAACCAAGAGUUGGGAAGGAUAAGGAUGAGAGAGGACCAAGGAUUGAGAAGCCACGUCUUGAGAGGGCUAGAGUUGAGAAACCACGAUCUGAUAGGCCAAGAGCUGAGACUUGUUCAAGCCCCUUGUGUGCUUGA